UUGAACAUGGAGCGGGAAACUCGGGAACAGUCGGAGAUGGAUGUCCGCGGAGAGGCUCCAGAGGACGGGGACACUUACUCUCCGUCCAAAUUAAAAAUGUACGACGCGCAGUUUUUCGGCUUCACCCCACAGACCUGUGUGCUUCGGGCUUGUAACGCUUUCCAGGAUUGUCUGUACGAUAUUUUACCCGUCGUAGAAAAGGUGUGUGUGAGGCAGCUGAGCAAGGGCGAGUCGGCCGAGGAGGAGGAGCUGCUCCGGGCCGGGGCCAGGGAGUGCAGCCGAAAACUGCAGCAGUUCCUGGAGGAGCGGUUCAAGCAGCUGUUUGAGCGAAUGGAGCCGCUACUGGUGGACCGAUGCCUGUCACUGCCGGCAAAUGUCCUGCUGCCGGAGGACCAGUCUCACAACAAGUAUCCUCAGGACAUACAGGAGGUGUUCAAGCUGGAGUCUUCCAUUGCAGAUCUCCAAACAGCCUACGAAGCAGAGAUCUGUGCCAAGCAGGCUUUACUUGCUGAGUUGGAGGAGCAGAAAGAGGCACAGAAGCAGUUGGAAGAGAUACUAGCAUGGAUCAGAGAGUUACAGGGAGCCUGGGUUAAAGAGGGUAAUGGCAGCUUCCAUGAAAGCUUCCGACUGGUGAUGGAGUCAGUACAGAAACUACAGAAGAACACCAGAGAAGUCUGCAAAAAAACACCCCAUUAAACAGACAUAAAUCUGUGAAACUGUUUUCAACAGGCAAUCCUUGUUUUCUAUUUUUACUCUUUCUGCAAGAGAUCAGAGAAUUUAGAAGACUAGCAGCACCAUGUGACAUUUAGGGAAAAGAUGAUCAAUGUCAUGGACCUCAUCACUUUAUUCACUUCAAUUUCAGA